AUGUCGGCGCUGCGUCUGAUUCUGAUGAUUGGGCUUCUUUGGCUACCACUCGAUGCCAUGGCUUCGGACUACAACAUACCAGAUGGGUGGAAGAAUACGGUGUCCAACGUUAGUCGGGCUGAGCGCCUCAGUACCGCCGAGGGCAUUGCCAGCGAGCUUCGACAUAGGGUUGAUCCGUCGCUGGGAUACCCCGCAGAUUCGGUCGACAAUGAAACAAUAUGGGCCAUGGUCAUAAAGCUCGCUGAUCAGGAUCGGAUUAGCGGGAACACCAACUUCAUGGACCCCGUCGUAAACAACACGCUACAGCUCUUCGAAUUCGGGAACGCAGACGAUGAUAGUUAUAAGGCCAACAACAUCGACAAUGCUGGGUUUGGCUUCGCAGAGAUUGUUGCUUAUCAGGCAUAUCGUGAUGCGUCUCGCCUGGCGGCGGCCCAGAAGGUGUUUGAUCUUGUGUACUCCGACUUUGUAACAGUUUCCGGGGCCCGGACGGGUAAAUAUCCGCGGCCAUUCAACACAGUUUGCGGACAGACACUCGGAGGCAUGAUUUUCAAUGGCCACUUGGAUUUGAACGAUAUUUCUGUUCGCAGCUCUUCAAUGUCUCCUUGGAUAGCCCUUUGCGCACAUCUAUACGAACACACGCAAAACUCGACAUACCUGACUGCUGCACAAGCAUCGAUACAAUUCAUGCAAGCAUACUUGAUCAGACUCGACGAUGCAGGACUAAGUAUCGGAGUAACGUUCAAUGUUACUACUACCUGCACCACCGACUCUGAAGGCGUUGCGGAUAACUUUUCACCAUAUAUGGAAGGGUUGAGCAUCAUUGCAAACCUCACUGCAAAUCAAGCAUACGGCCAAUUGUGGUUGAAAUCCCUUGUUCCGGCCGUUCUAUCCUUCCGCGAUUGGCAUAGCAGCGAUGGUAUUCUUACAGAGGAUACGACCACAUACCCUUCGAAAUGGACGUUGAUGCGCGGUCUCCUAGAAGUCAGGCUGAGAAACCCUUCGAACACCGACUUGUGUACUCUCAUCGAUAGCUAUAUAACUGUUCAGUUCAACGCUGUCAGAACAAACGCGAACAUUGGAAGCAAUGACUAUGCGGUAUCCUGGCACGGCGGGGGCUCCUCGCAAUAUAGCACAGUAGGCAAUGUGGAGGCUUUGGCUGUGCUGAGCGCUGCAAGCGCGAUAGCGCCUGCAAACGCGUCUCAGCCGAGUACCGGAUCGUCGUCCGCCACCCCGUCACCAUCGGCUGCAUCGCCGUCACCGAACACGACAUCACACCCUCGCCAUCACGUGCCCGUACGCGUAAUUGCCGGCGCUGCAGCAGGUGGCACAGUGGCCGUUGGAAUCUUUACCUUGAUCAUUUGCAUGCAUCGGCGCCGUAGGGGACGGAAGCGCAAGAUGCUACUUCACUCUACCGGGAUCGACACUGCGAAAGAGAGCGCCGCGGACAGGUUGAUGCCCGAUCCAUUCAUUCAGCGGACGCCUCUGUAUGCUCAAUCAAUGUCGUCACCGAGGAAAGGGGACCUUCGUCGCCCUGUAACGUUCUCCGAACAAACCGUUCAUGGCGAUUCGUGGCGUCCUCCGUCUGAUCGUGUCGAUGUCGAUGUCAAUGCUCACGAUCCGACGAGCGCGCGCGAGCACGAGAUCAGGCCGGCCGACGGCCAGCCCGACGCCUGGCAUGAUAUGGAGAGAAGGUUGGAGACGAGGUUACUGAACAACCUGAUUCGAACAUUCGCGGGACACGGAGAGACGGAGAGCAACCCCCCGGAGUACGAUGGACCUCGGAGUUGA